UAAGAACACACCCCGCUCUCUAUAUAAAGAAUCCGCCACCUUCGUUCUCUUCUAAAACCAAACUCUUCCCUUAAUUCGCUCAAUUCCGUUCUUUUAACUCUUCUUCUGAUUCCUUGAGAUACAUUCUCCCACUAAUUUCGGGAAAUGGCACCAAAGGCAGAGAAAAAGCCAGCGGAGAAGAAACCGGCCACGGCAGAGAAGAAGCCGCCCAAGGUAGAGAAGAAGAUUGCGAAAGAAGGCGGCGCCUCCGAUGGCAAGAAGAAGAAGAAGAUCAAGAAGAGUAGCGAGACUUACAAGAUAUACAUAUUCAAGGUUUUGAAACAGGUGCAUCCAGAUAUUGGAAUAUCGAGCAAAGCUAUGGGGAUUAUGAACAGUUUCAUCAAUGAUAUCUUCGAGAAGCUCGCGAUGGAAUCGUCGCGGCUGGCACGGUACAAUAAGAAGCCGACGAUUACAUCGCGAGAGAUUCAGACUGCGGUGAGGCUGGUUUUGCCUGGUGAGUUGGCCAAGCACGCCGUUUCCGAGGGUACGAAGGCGGUGACUAAAUUCACUAGUUCAUAGAAUAAUUAUCAUUUUAUUAUGGUCUAUUGUUGAUUGGAGAGAUUUAUGACAUUGUUAUGGAGAUAUUAGGUUAGAUUUGUGAAAGGAAACAUAAUGGAUUUAGGGAUCUCAAUGGAAUUUACUGAUGCUUUUGCUUGAAA